AUGGGCCACCUAGCCCACUCUACUGAUAUUUGUGUCUCCCGAGUAGAGGCUGUUGUUUCUGGGCUUAUUCAGAGGGAAAUUGUUGCUGCCCUAACCCCGAUCAGGGCUAAGUUGAGAGAGCAUCGGGAGAGGAUCGAUGCCCAUGGACCAGCACUAGAUGCCCUCACCGUGAGAGUUGAGGCUUGUGAGCAGGGACAGGGUGCCUCUAAGGAUGUGAUGGCCUUGAAGGACGAUAUUGUUGGGUUGCGCCGAGAGGUGGAUGAGCUGAAAUCCACCGAUCUAUCAAAGUUAUUUGGCACUGUAAUCCUUCCUGAGGUUCCAAGUUCAGAUUUUCCAGCCAGUUCUGAGAUCCCUCCAGCUACUACGACUGGAGAUGCUACUAGGGAUGAGGCAGAUGAUGAGACUGAGGUUGAGACCGAUGAGGUGGAGCUGGGUGUUCGAGAUACAACAGUUUAUGAUGACUUGGAGGAUCUUGAGGGAGCUAUGGUCUAG